GCGUCGGACCCGACUCAUUUUCUUCCUCUCCCGAGACGUAGCGACUUCACUCGGAGAACAAGUAGUGGAGAAGUAGCAGCCGUAGUUAUUCUCCGAUUAGGCGUUCGAUUCUCUGUUUCUGGAGUGACCCCAAACCCAAAAUUGAUCCUUUUGAUUUUGAUUUCCACAUGGGCGAACAAUCUCCUUCUCAACCGUCGUCGGCUCAUACCCAAAGCCAACCACAAUCGCCUCAAUCCGAAACCCAUAACCUAAUUCCGCCGGAAUCUAGCGACGUAGGUAUCCACUCAGCCGGAUUUUCCGGCGAUAUCGUUUCAUCUACCACCAUCGACGCCCAACGGAUCACAGAAUUAGGCAAUGUGUCGUCUCCUCCUUCCAAAAUCCCUCUUCGUCCUCGAAAAAUCCGAAAGCUUACAAUCGACGGAGACGCCGGCGAGGAAUCGACUCCUCAUGGUGAAGACUGUAAGGCGGAGGAUAUCCCCUCAGAGACAACGCCUGGAAAACCCGCCGCUAAGGGUAGAUUGUCGCAAUCACGCGCUAUAACCGUGCCGAGGAUCCAGGCUCGGCCUCUCACAAGCGAAGGCGAGCUCGAGGUAGCGAUUCACCAUCUCCGGAAUGCGGAUCCGUUGCUCGCCGCGUUAAUCGACGUUUAUCCUCCGCCGACGUUCGAGUCCUUUCCGACUCCGUUCUUAGCUCUGAUACGCAGCAUUCUCUACCAGCAGCUUGCCGCAAAGGCCGGAAAUUCCAUCUACACACGAUUCGUUGCUCUCUGCGGCGGCGAGAACUUCGUCGUUCCAGAGACCGUCCUAGCCUUAAACCCUCAACAGCUUCGUCAAAUCGGCGUCUCGGGACGGAAGGCGAGCUACCUCCACGAUCUCGCUAGAAAGUAUCAAAACGGGAUCUUGUCGGAUUCUGCGAUUUUGAACAUGGAUGAUAAGUCUUUGUUCACGAUGCUAACGAUGGUUAACGGGAUUGGGUCAUGGUCUGUUCAUAUGUUCAUGAUAAAUUCUCUUCAUCGACCAGAUGUUUUGCCGAUCAACGACCUCGGUGUCAGGAAAGGCGUGCAGAUGCUGUAUAACUUAGAGGAACUGCCUCGGCCAUCGCAGAUGGAGCAGCUUUGUGUCAAGUGGCGACCUUACAGGUCAGUGGCUUCGUGGUACAUGUGGCGGCUCAUUGAAGCUAAAGGCACACCAACGAAUUCUGUUGCUGCCCGAGCUGCGGCCAUUCAACAAGUACAUCAGCAGCAACAACUGUCGCAACUGGAUCCUCUUAGCGUGUUCAGUAUCGGUGCUUGGGGACAAUCGUAGCUGGUCUCAAACUUAGCUGUCUUUGUUCGUGGCUGUUUGGAUGGCUUAUUUGAGUUCUUGUUCCGGUCUUCGGCUUCAGUCUAGUAAAAAAAAGUCUGGGAGAGGAAUAAAAAGGAGCUUUUUGAAGUCUGGGUUCUUUGAGACCCAAAGCUGAAGGAGUAGGGAAUAUGUUUUGUGUUAGUCAAGUCAAGAGUCUGUAACUUUUAUUCUUGGAUUCUAUAUAUAUAAAUAAAGAUUUAGAUGUUAAAAAA